ACAGCGGCGCCCAAAUUUCGUAAGUGGUGACGUGUUAAUGAGUCUUGAAACGUGGCCAUUUCCCUCACUCUCUCCAAAUCGUGUGAAAAUGUCUGUAUUCACAUAACUCUAUUCCCAAUCCCUAAUUUAUUUAACAAAUCGAAAACCUCCUCCCUCGCCUUCUUCUCCCCCAAUUCAAAUCUUCAAGUUGAUAAACUAUACUAUCUAGAAAGUUAUAUAGAUACAAAGCUUUCUUUAGUUUCACCGAUUCGUAAAUUGAAGAAAUCAGGAGAUUGGAGGUCUUGCCAUUGCUGCAUCAUGAGCAAUCAACAGGAAAUUAGGAUGUAUACAAGGGCUAGAAGUAGGAGGCGAAUGCUAGAUGUUGAUCUUAAUGCUGCACCGCCAUGUGAAAUCCGGGAACAUGGUGUCGUUUCACACCAUACUAGGUCGCAGGACAGGCAAGAUGCUGUAAUAAUUGGUACCUUGCCUCCACCAAUUGAUGUAGAGGCGCUUGAUGAUGAUGUUAUUAUCUCUUCGCCUACAGCAUUUGCAGAAGCUAAGAACAAUUCCAGAAGGAACCGUGGGCGUGCUAUAAUUGUUGAUGUAGACAAUGAUGAGAGGGCAUCUCGCAACAAGCGUAGAAGGGUCCCUACGAAUCAGACAAUUAUAAAUUGUGACCUUUACAUAAACCUGGAAAGCAGUAGUAACUCAAUGAGGAAGAGUGGCCAGACCGCUGCAGUGCCUCCGAAACCUCCAGUUCCACCGAAGGAGCCUACAUUCAGCUGUCCCGUUUGUAUGGGCCCAUUAGUUGAAGAGAUGAGCACAAAAUGCGGUCAUAUUUUUUGCAAGGCAUGCAUCAAAGCUUCCAUAGCUGCUCAGGGGAAAUGUCCUACCUGCCGGAGAAAAACAACUGCCAAAGACAUUAUCAGAGUUUACCUUCCUUCAACUAGAAGUGCUUGAGCUCUCUUGAUUCAAUAUUUGUGGAGGCUUUGAAGGGAGAGAUGGUUUUGGAUGUGAAUAUGGAGUAGGAGGCAGAUGAAGUGGUUAUGGGGCGAGGUGGAGGUGAAAUAUUAGUUUUGAUUGCGUCGACUAGAUGGAGGGUCGUUAUUGUAAUUUUGUUAAAUUGAAUAUCCAUCCAGGAUCACAAAUAUGCACUUUUAUUAAAACAUACUUUUGUUCCGUGUAUCGGACAAGAAUAUAUCAGUGCAAUUCAUUCCAUCUUUAUAUCC